AAGAAUGUUGCACUCUGAAGUUGAAGAAUAUAUUCUCUUCUAUAAAUUUGCUGGUGCUGUCUAAUUUUGUGUUGGUGCCAUGGCUAUUAAUCUCCUUGUGCUGAUGAAAAAUCUCAAUGCUCACUUGGAGGAUGGGUAAAGAAAAAACAGAUGAAGUUUCCUUCACUGGAGAAAAUUCUACGCAUGUUCUCAAGAUUUAUGAUGAAAUAAAUCUAAGCAUUGGGAAUGACAAUGUUAGAAUGUCAUGUUUCUUCUUGAAGUCAGAUAUUCACUUGCCAAACAGUUCACCGGGAGAAGAUGGUGAGCAGAUAACUUUUGCUGGGAAGUUAGAGGCAGAUCAUGGCGCUGGUACUUUCGAUGAGGAUGUUUCACUGCUCAAGUUAGAUUCCUUAGCUGAAGGGGUAUGGAACUACUACCUUGGAAGAUAUUCAACAUGGCACUACCAAAAUGGUAUAUACUUGUAUGAAAUAACUGAUUAGGCAUGUUUUCUAUUUAAAAUCUCUAUAUGUUUCUGAUGAUAAAACUCAUUAUUGCAAUGAUCAACUUAUUGAUCAGUAAGUUGAUCUUAGUUCAGAGACAAUUUCCGGAUGGAAGCUGAGUUGUCUGUUUCUUCUGAAAAAACUUUAGUAACUUGACCUGCCUUAGCAUUGUGAUGGAUUAAUGGUUUCUCUGAGACCCUGAGCCUCUUUUUCA